CAACCCUAAUGGAGCAGAGAAUCGCACCCCUUAUAUUGAGCGGCACUGAGAUAGCUAGGGUUUCUCUAGUGUGCGAGGGUUUGCUCAGAGCCGUCUGCUUCCUUUGACACCCUCCGCUGUGAGAGGAAACCCUCAUCUCCUCCAGCCAUGGCCGUCGGUAAGAACAAGAGGAUCUCCAAGGGGAAGAAGGGAGGCAAGAAGAAGGCAGCUGAUCCCUUCGCCAAGAAGGACUGGUACGACAUCAAGGCCCCGUCAGUCUUCUCAGUGAAGAAUGUGGGCAAGACCCUCGUCACUCGUACUCAGGGUACCAAGAUCGCUUCCGAGGGACUCAAACAUCGAGUGUUUGAGGUAUCAUUGGCUGAUCUCCAGGGUGAUGAGGAUCAUGCCUACAGGAAGAUUCGGCUCAGAGCUGAGGAUGUUCAGGGAAGAAAUGUUUUAACUAACUUCUGGGGUAUGGACUUUACCACAGAUAAGUUAAGGUCCUUGGUGAGGAAGUGGCAAACUCUGAUUGAAGCCCACGUUGAUGUCAAGACAACUGACAAUUACACUCUGAGGAUGUUCUGCAUUGGCUUCACCAAGAGACGCCCGAACCAGGUCAAGAGGACCUGUUAUGCGCAGUCCAGUCAGAUCAGACAGAUCCGUCGUAAGAUGAGGGAAAUCAUGGUCAACCAGGCCACUUCGUGUGAUCUGAAGGAGUUGGUCCGCAAGUUUAUUCCCGAGAUGAUUGGGAAGGAAAUUGAGAAGGCAACAAGCGGCAUCUACCCUCUGCAGAAUGUGUUCAUUAGGAAAGUGAAGAUCUUGAAGGCUCCUAAGUUUGACCUUGGGAAGCUCAUGGAGGUUCAUGGUGACUACUCGGAAGAUGUAGGUGUGAAGGUGGACAGGCCUGCUGAUGAGACCAUAGCCGAGGCAACCACUGAAGUUAUUGGGGCCUAAAGGGGCAGGGUUUUUCGGUUCUCUUAGUUUUGAUGAUCUUGUUCAAUUUUUCUCUUUGGAGGCUUUAUCUAGUUAUAAACCUGACAGAAUAUAUGUUGUUUUAGCCAACAGAUAUCAUGCAUGGUUUUUGUCGACUAUAAUGAGAUGUUUUGUUCUCUUCAUUAGCAGUUUUGUAGUUUUCGA